CUAUGGUAAGAGAGUCCGACUGAAGUGUGUGGUGUGAGGACCGCGAGGUAUUCCCGAAGACUGGGGAGCCGUGACGCAGACAUGGGACUGCUGACUGGGGACGGACUGUGGCCUCUGGUCGUAUUCACGGCCAUCUUCCUGCUGUUGGUGGACCUGAUGCACCGGCGCCAGCGCUGGACUGCCCGCUACCCCCCAGGCCCCGUGGCACUACCUCUGCUGGGCAACAUGCUGCAGAUGGACUUCAAGAACAUACCAGAUAGCAUGUACAAGCUGCAGCAGCGCUACGGUGAUGUGUUCAGCCUAUUGAUGUCUGGGAAGCCAGUGGUCGUGAUCAAUGGACUGAAGGCCGUGCGGGAAGUACUGGUGAACUGUGGAGAGGACGCUGCAGACCGACCAACAGUACCUGUCCUUGAACAUAUGGGCAGGAAGCCCAAAUCCCAAGGUGUGGUCUUUGCACGUUACGGGCCUGAGUGGAGAGAGCAGCGGAGAUUCUCUGUGUCCACCAUGCGCAACUUCGGCCUGGGCAAGAAAUCACUGGAGGAGUGGGUGACCGAGGAGGCCGGCUGCCUCUGUGCCGCCUUCACCAAUCAGGCCGGGCAUCCCUUCAAACCCAACACCCUCCUGAACAAAGCCACGUGCAAUGUGAUUGCAUCCCUCGUUUAUGCCCGUCGCUUUGACUAUGAUGACCCUUUCCUCAAUAAGAUGCUGAAAACAUUAGAAGAAAGUAUGGGACAGAACACUGGCCUCAUUCCUGAGGUGCUGAAUGCAUUCCCAAUCCUCCUGCGCAUCCCAUCCCUGACUGACAAGGUCUUCAGAGAGCAGAAGGUAGUCAUGGACAUGAUAGAUGAGCUGGUGAAUGAACACAAGAUGACCCGGGACCCAGCCCAGCCACCCAGAGACCUGACUGAUGCCUUCUUGGCUGAGAUGGAGAAGGCCAAGGGAAAACCUGAGAGCAGCUUCACUGAUGAGAAUCUGUACAUAGUGGUGAGUGAGCUGUUUGGAGCAGGGAUACUGACCACCUCGACAACACUGACCUGGGCUCUGCUGCUCAUGAUCCUGUACCCAGAUAUACAACGUCGAGUCCAGCAGGAGAUUGAUGAAGUCAUAGGGCAGGCUCGGCGCCCAGAGAUGGCAGACCAGGAGCGAAUGCCUUUCACCAACGCUGUGAUUCACGAGGUGCAGCGCUUUGGGGCCGUGGCCCCAUUGACUCUGCCAUUCAUCACAUCUCGGAGCAUUGAAGUACAGGGCUUCCACAUCCCCAAGGGUACAAGACUCAUCGCCAACCUGUCCUCGGUGAUGAAAGAUGAGAGAGCCUGGGAGAAGCCUCUCCACUUCCACCCAGAACACUUCCUGGACCCCCAGGGCCAUUUUGUGAAGCCUGAGGCCUUUGUGCCAUUCUCAGCAGGCCGCCGCGCAUGCCUCGGGGAGCCGCUGGCCCGCAUGGAGCUCUUCCUCUUCUUCACCUGCCUCCUGCAGAGAUUUAGCUUCUCGGUCCCUGCUGGACAGCCCCGGCCCAGUGGCCACAGAGUCUCUGGCACUCUGACAGCACCAUCCCCCUACCAGCUCUGUGCAGUGGUCCGCCCGUCAGAACUCUAAUUCCAGUGAUGUCCCAAACUCAGGUCCUCAUCCACAAUAAACCAGUCCCGUGGCAUCCCUUUGGUUCCUA